CACUAGAAAAUACGCGUUCUUUUUUCUGAAUAGAUCAAACAGCCAUUUGUCCUGUUUUAAGCCGUAAAUCCGGAGUGCUUUGUUAUGCUAAUGAAGUCUGACAUCACUCCACAGAUCAAAGCCACGGGGACCCCAUAUAAGCAGGUUCUUAGCAGAGAGGGCAGAGGCAGACGCGCAGCUGGCAACGUGCUCAUGACACACUCACAUCACACACUCCCCGCUGCAUCUUCACGCAGCCUUUCGCUUUUGUCGCUCUUCCCUUCCCCUCCCCUUCUCUGCCCACCCUUAGCGGAGUUUAACAGCCUUUACCUCCGGCUGAUCUCCAGUGCUGGGAUCUGUAGCUACAGUAUUUUGUCUGCUGCUGCUCUUGCCGCACAACUUUGUGUUUGCGGGGAGAAGGGCUGCUGGAGGGGUCGAGGCGAAGGUGCAGCUUCACCGGGGAAGGUUGCUGUGCUCCAAGAAGGAACCACAUCUAAACUGAAGGAAAUACAUUGUUCAGAAAUUUGGGAAGAUCCCCUUUUAAGAGUUGAUUUCCUUCUGAAAGUGGGUGGCUGUGGAAAAAUGAAGCUGAGUCUUGCAAUAUUUCUGUCUUUCAUUUUACAGACUGGGACUUGCUCUGGAAUAAAAUGGCUAGCUUUGUCCAAGACUCCCUCCGUCCUUGCUCUGAAUCAGACCCAGCACUGCAAGCAGCUAGAAGGUCUGGUAGUGUCUCAAGUGCAGCUGUGCCGCAGCAACCUGGAGCUCAUGCAAACCAUCAUCCAGGCGGCCCGGGAAGUGAUAAAGACGUGCCGCAGAACUUUCUCCGACAUGCGGUGGAACUGCUCCUCCAUUGAGCUGGCCCCCAACUACUUGCUGGAUCUGGAGCGAGGUACAAGGGAGUCAGCAUUUGUGUAUGCCCUCUCUGCUGCAGCAAUCAGCCACACCAUCGCCAGGGCCUGCACUACCGGGGACCUCCCUGGCUGCUCCUGCGGUCCCAUCCCAGGUGAGACACCUGGACCUGGGUAUCGAUGGGGAGGAUGUGCUGACAACCUCAACUAUGGUCUUGUCAUGGGGUCCAAAUUUUCAGAUGCUCCCAUGAAGAUGAAAAAAUCAGGAUCACAAGCCCAUAAGCUGAUGCAUCUGCACAACAGUGAAGUAGGGAGACAGGCCCUGAAAGCCUCUCUUGAAAUGAAAUGUAAGUGUCAUGGAGUUUCUGGUUCCUGUUCUAUCAAGACCUGCUGGAAGGGUCUUCAAGAACUGAGAGACAUUGCACAGGACCUCAAAAACAAGUACUUGUCAGCCACAAAGGUGGUACACCGACCCAUGGGCACACGCAAGCAAUUAGUACCAAAGGAUAUUGACAUCAGGCCAGUUAAAGAGACAGAGCUGAUUUACCUGCAGAGCUCACCUGACUUCUGCAUGAAGAAUGAAAAAGUGGGGUCACACGGGACACAAGACAGGCAAUGCAACAAAACCUCCAACGGCAGCGACAGCUGCGAUCUGAUGUGCUGUGGCCGAGGCUACAACCCGUACAUGGACAAAGUGGUGGAGAGGUGCCACUGCAAAUACCACUGGUGCUGCUACGUGACCUGUAAAAAAUGUGAGAGGACUGUUGAAAGAUACGUGUGCAAAUGAAACAUCUUCCAUGCAGUCAAAAAGCUUAGAUGCCAAUGGCACCAAAGCACAGUUCAUAGAGGAGGAAACCUCUCCUGGACUAGACAUCGUUUAUCUUGCAAAGACAUGGACUUGGAGAUGAUAUAAAGAGAAUUCCAUUACAAGAGUAAAAAUAACCUUGUUUAUUAAAAUGUAAAAAGGGGAAGGUUUUCCCACUAAUCAAAUUCUUCCUGAGAAGACAAGAGGCUUAAACCAAAACUCAUUUUGGAUCAUACCUUCUUGCAAAAACAUGCCUUAUGUUGCCAACAACAUCCAGCUAUCAAGUGCCUUUAGUACUG